CGGCGCUGAACGGGACCGCGCGUAAACAAACAGGAGCCGACGCAGCGGGACCGAGGACCCGGAGCCGGAGACGUGAAACCGGAGAGACGAUUGAAGAAAACCAAAAAAGAAGAAGAAGAAGAAGCAGACAACUAGCCAGGGAGGAGGAGUAGAAAGGGGAUUUGAGUUUCUGUGUUGUGAAUGAGCACGUGUCCUCCGACAGUGUGACUGAGCAGAAAAGGCGGAGCGUCGCUGUAUUUGGGGGCCGACCUUCGCAUCACACUUACCGAUGAUGGAGAGGAGGAGGAUGGACGCAGCUCUGCUGGUGCUGUUCCUGGUGCGCCUCGCCACAGCGCUGGAGGUCCCAUUAGACCUGCCGCAGCCACCGACCAUAACUCGCCAAUCCCCCAAGGAUUACAUCAUCGACCCACGAGAGAACAUUAUAAUCCAGUGCGAGGCGAAGGGCAAGCCUCCCCCCAGUUUCUCCUGGACCAGAAAUGGGACCCACUUUGACAUCGACGAAGACCCCAACGUGACCCUGAAGCCCCACUCUGGGACCCUGGAGGUGGACAUCAGCAGAGUGAAGGCCCAGCAGUACGAGUCUGUGUACCAGUGCACGGCGAGGAACAAACAUGGAACCGCCGUUUCCAACAACAUCGUCGUACAGCAGUCCCGGUCCCCCUUGUGGUCGAAGGAGAACGUCAAGGCAUUGGUCGUUCAGGAGGGCGUGUCCUUGGUGCUGCCGUGUCGACCCCCUGCUGGCCUGCCUCCUCCCAUCAUAUUCUGGAUGGACAAUAACUUCCAGAGGCUGCCGCAGAGCAGGAGGGUGUCCCAGUCCCUGAACGGAGACCUUUACUUCUCCAACGUGCUCCGAGAGGAUUCCAGGAACGACUACAUCUGCUACGCCCGCUUCCCGUACACACAAACCAUCCAGCAGAAACAACCCAUUACCGUCAAGGUCCUGAACCUGGAUGCAAUCAAUGACACAAUGGCAGCUUUUUACAAUGACACUGAUUUAUUUAGUGAAGAACCAGCAGAUGAGAGGAAGCCGACCUUCCUCAUCCCAUCUGGCCCCACCAGCUCCAAGAUGGUGUUGAGAGGACAGGUGCUGGAGUUGGAGUGCAUUGCCGAAGGACUGCACACCCCGGAUGUAUCUUGGACCAAAGUGAGCGGCGACCUCCCAGCCAAGCGAACAUCUUUCCUGCAGUACCAGAAGACUUUGCGCAUCGUGGACGCGUCGGAAUCAGACGCGGGAGAUUACCGCUGCACCGCCCGGAACCAGCUGGGCUCGGUGCACCACACCAUCCACGUCACGGUCAAAGCUGCUCCAUAUUGGAUCAGCGGCGCGCCCAAGAACCUCAUCUUGGCUCCGGGAGAGAGCGGUGUGCUGACCUGCAGGGCCAGCGGCACGCCCAAGCCCUCCGUCUCCUGGGCCAUGAACGGCAUCCCCAUCGAGAAUUCCCCCAAGGACCUCAGCAGAAAGGUGGAGGACGACACCAUCAUCUUCACUGAUGUGCAGACCGGAGCCAGCGCCGUCUACCAGUGUAACGUCUCCAACGACUACGGGUACCUGCUGUCCAACGCGUUCGUCAAUGUGCUCUCGGAGACCCCCAGAGUGCUGACUGCAGCCAACAAAGUUUACCAGGUCAUCAAAAAUCACCGGGCCUUGCUCGACUGCGAUUCCUUCGCGUCACCCAUCCCUAAAAUUACUUGGUUCAAAGACAGCCGGUCCAGUACCCUCGACGGAGACCCUUACAUCCUGCACGACAAUGGGACUCUGGAGAUCCACGUAGCUCAAGAUCACAACAGUGGCAGAUACACAUGCGUGGCCCGAAACAGCCUCGGUAUCAACGAGAACCACAUCUAUCUGGAGGUCAAAGACCCAACUCGCAUCCUGAAGCAGCCGGAGCACAAAGUGGUCCAGGUGGGCAGGUCUGUGGUGUUUGAGUGCAAAGUGAAACACGACCCCUCGCUCAUCCCCACCAUGACCUGGCUCAAAGACGACGGAGAGCUGCCCGAUGACGAGAGAUUAAUCGUCGACUCUGACAGCCUCACCAUCACCGAUGUGACAGAGAACGAUGCGGGCGUGUACACCUGCGUCAUGAACACCACUCUGGACCACGACUCAGCCAGCGCUGAGCUCACUGUUGUCGAGCGGCCCGACUCCCCGACUGACCUGGAGCUGACAGACCACAAGAAGAGAAGUGUUCAGCUCACUUGGAUCCCCGGGGAUGAACACAACAGCCCUAUUCAGAAAUUUCUGAUCCAGUAUCAAAACUCGCUGCACCACCGAGGUCACUGGCAUAAUCUCACCGAGGUCGCCGGCAACAGGACGACAGCGCACCUCAAGCUGUCGCCCUACGUCCACUACACCUUCAGAGUGUUGGCCCUCAACGCCGUGGAGUUCAGCCGGCCCAGCAUCCCCUCCAGAGGGCUUAAGACAGAACCGGCAGCUCCGGACGAGAACCCAACAGGUGUCAAGGGAUCUGGAACAGAACAUGAUAAUCUUGUGAUCUCAUGGAAGCCGCUGUCAGGCCUCCAGUCGAACGGCCCAGGGCUUCACUACAGAGUGAUGUGGAGGCAGAAGGUGGUGGACAGCGAAUGGACCAGAGUGACCGUGGCGAACAACUCCAAGUUCGUUGUGUCUGGAACGCCCACAUUUGUUCCUUAUGAGCUCAAAGUGCAGGCAGUGAACGACUAUGGAGCGGGACCUGACCCCGCUAUCGCCCACGGCCACUCGGGGGAGGACUUGCCAGUAGCAGCUCCAGAUAAUGUGAAGGUCAUGUGGAUAAAUAGCACUCUGGCAGAGGUACACUGGGAUCCUGUGCCCUCUAAAUUCAUACGAGGACAUCUCGAAGGAUAUAAGGUGUACUACUGGAGAAAGCACAGCCUCCACAAGCACAACCCCGAUCUUGUGGAGAACCAGGUCCUGAUCCUCAGUGGGAAGCACACCCACAGAAAGCUGCCCGGCCUCCACCCCUUCAGUGUCUACUCCUUAAAUGUCAGGGUGUAUAACGGCAAGGGAAAGGGCCCCCCCAGCGCCGAACUGCAGUUCAACACGCCGGAAGGAGUGCCGGGUGCUCCUUCACACCUGCUCGUCACCAACCCCAGCCUGGACUCUCUGACCCUUGAAUGGAGUCCUCCUCACGACCGUAACGGACGCAUCACUGGCUACACCCUCAAAUAUCAGCCAGUCGUCAAUAACUCCAAUGAGCUGGGCCCAGUGGAGGAGCUGGCGCUGCCCGCCAAUGAGUCCUCAGUCACUUUGCUGAACCUCAAGUACAGCACGCGCUACAAGUUUUAUUUGAAUGCAAAAACAGUCAGGGGAGCAGGCCUGGUCGUUUCUCAGGAAGCCGUCACCGUCAUCGAUGAAGCUCUAAUAUCACGGCAUGGCGUGGAUGUGGGCGCAGGAAACACGCAAACCCCUCAUCCCAUUGCACCGUCUCCUCCACAAGGUCCGCCCGACAAGGGUAUAGACACUGCUGCGAUCUUAGUCCACGACUGUACAUCGCAGCCCGUGAGUCCUUUCGGGAACGUUAGCUCCUCGUCUGGAGAAGACGGGAUGCUGAUCAGUUGGGAGUACUGGGGCCCCGAGCAAAACGUUUAUGUAGAAUACAAAGAGAACAGUGAAGGCGAAGAGGAGUGGCAGAAAAAGCUUGUGAACGGCAGUCAGAAUGUUGUGCUGAAGGGCUUAAAGGGGGGCCUCUCCUAUAGCGUGCGCUUGGUGGCCAAAGGUCACCACGACCAGCUGCCUCACCUCUCUGAGGAGCUGUUGGUCUCGGUCCCAGCUGUGGCGAGCAGACAGGUGGACAUCGCCACUCAGGGAUGGUUCAUCGGCCUCAUGUGUGCCAUCGCUCUGCUCAUCCUGAUCCUCCUCAUCAUCUGCUUCAUCCAGAGGAAUAAGGGAGGAAAGUACCCAGUCAAAGAGAAGGAGGACGCACACACAGACCCAGAGUUCCAGCCAAUGAAAGAUGAAGACUGUACUUUUGGGGAAUACAGUGACAAUGAGGACCAUAAACCGUUAAAAGGGAGCCGCACGCCGUCUAACGGGACAGUUAAGAGAGGCAACAGUGACGACAGUUUAGUUGACUACGGGGAAGGAGGAGACGGCCAGUUCAACGAGGAUGGCUCGUUUAUCGGCCAGUAUAGUGGAAAGAGCGCCAGCAGGGAGACUGCCGAGGGCCACGAGAGCUCGGAGGCCCCGUCCCCUAUUAACGCCAUGAACUCCCUGCACUCGUUCGUGUAGCCGGUCGGGCCUCGCAGGCCGCCACGCCCUCUCCACCCACACAAGUCUCUGAGUGGGCUGACGCAGCACUGCAUGGCUUUGUGAUCACGUCUCCAUCCCCCGGUGUUAUGAAACACACACACCUUGUCUAAGACGUCUUUACGGAGGGGCUCGGAGACCUGUGGCUCAGUAUACCUCACGCAGCAUUUAGGAAUGAAGUCGCUCAAUUCCAUUGGACCACGCAUGAAACACCUGAUAUGACCCAAAUCCAUAUUUAAAUUAACACUUUGAGAGUAACAAGUGCAGCUUUCUUACCGGAAACCUCUUACGGACUAUGCAGUGCUCGUCUCAACUACAUCUGAUUAUGUUAUUGGUUAUUAUAUUAUCUACUAUGUUCAAAUAGUAUGCAGUCUCUAAAGUAUCCUAUUACUCCAUGUUAUUUUUUUUUCAUCAAACACAGAAGCUUGGACUGGAAUCUGUAUUUAAUGUCAUUCCUUCAUGUAAUUCCAUCAGUGCACAAGGAAGAUGUACGGUAUAUAUAUAUAUAAAUAAUAUAUAUAUAUAUAAAUAAAAAGAACUCUGUAAACUGAAUAUUGGGAGCAGUGCACAAAGCAUGCCUGAGAUCUCUGCAUUGAUCCUCAUCCGUCACCACUCUGUUAAAUGAUCCCACUGCACCUGAUGAGGAGGACGCUGAAAUGCUGCAUGGCGUGUCAUGUGACCUUGUGACCUUUGCCCUGCAUGUGACCUCUUGUUAUUGAGCUUGAUCCAAAGGCCAAUGGGAAAUGCUCCUUCAGCAGUAGUAGUGCCUUUUCUUCCAAGCGUCAAUUCAAUUCGGGAGUCUCUUCCCAGAGUCCAGAGACUGGAACCGAGACAGUAGUCGGACCGCGGAGGUCACAUCCAAGAAGGAUCCGAUAAGCUUGAGAAGAGGACUCUGCGGAGGGAGGAAUAAUUCAUAUGCUCUUGUUAUCUUGUUUUGUAAAGAUGUCCCGAUGCCUUGAGUCACAGGACAGGCUUCCAUUCCUCCAAGAAGCUAAGCACACGUCAAUCGGAUCAGAAUAAAACUUCUCUCGGAUCCCGUCUGGGCGUUCCUGAAGCCUGCAGUCAUUAUGCACAGAACCUGAUUGUAUUACUGCAGUGUGUGAAUUUAAUGAUAUCUGUUUGUGUGUGAAUACUACACACUAUUCAAUUCCUUUAAGGCAAAGAUCGUUCACUUGUACUAACUACACUUGAGGGCCUUCGGAUGGAAUCAAGACUUCUUUUCUCUUAACUUGCAUCAAGUUUUCUUUUCUUUCUUUUUCAUGACGUGUGGAAUAUCUGUUGAAUUUGUAAAUACCUUCAUUGGUUGUACAGGGACGAGCAGCUUGUAGGGCAGCCGAAGAGUCAAUAUUGUGCAUGAUAUGGUUUGACUUGUUGAUAGGACUGUAUUAAAUAUAGAGUACUUGUAGAAAAUAUAUUCUUCUUUUUUUUUGCUGUGCACAGUGUAAAUUGUAUUGUAACUAACUGGACAGAAAAUUGCAUCUACAUUUGAAUUUUGGUAGUUUUCUGAUUUGCUUGUCAGCGGAAUAUAUGACUUUGGUAUUGUACAACAUGUAGUAUUUAGCAACAAUAUUAAUAAUAUUAUUCUGAUCCCACUAUACUGCCAAACAAUGCUCUUUUCUGACAGUAUUGCAAAUGGUUUUAUAUUUAAGAAACAGAUUUGUACUAACGGAUACUUUCUUUGUCUCUAUUUAAGUUUCUCUUUUUAGUGCAAGUAUGAAAUUCAAGCUACUGUAAAUAUAAUGAAUGAAUAAAUAAUGAUCUGCUUUAA